AUGAACAUGCAUGAUUCAGCAUUCAGCCCAAUCGGUUCAAAUGCUUGCUGUUGCUGGCAGUCAAACAUGUAUGGUGCAGAUAAGCCACUGCUUGAUGUUCGUACGGCGCUUGUAGAGGACUUGUUGAAAUUGACGGAACUCUUGGAACGUCCCGGGCCGUUGCUGUCGGUUCAGUGCCUUCCAUCGGCAGACUGGGACGAGUUCUUGGAUGCCCUUCGGACGACUGGAACCUCGCUUACGAGGUAUGGAGCAUCAAUUUGGCUUUACCUGACAUUGUUGCUUCGCGUGGAGGUUGAAACUCGCAUCCGGAAGAAGUUGGCGACUGCUGUUUGUGUUGCUGCUCGUUCAGUUUCAUCUGUGGCAGAGGAGUCACAUGUCGCGGCGAUUUGCUCGAUGUUGACUGUCGUCGGUGACGGUCUGCGUGGUGCCGACUGCCAUGACGACGACUAUGUUGCCACAAGAGUCAACGGGUGCAUUGCCUACUUGCGGCUGCUGGGACGCAGUCCGGCGGCAUACACGCCCUCCAGUGCCAAUGCUCUCCAGGAAUGGUUUGCAGCUGCCCAGCCUCAUGCAACCGACGAACUUGGAGAUGCCUGUCUGGAGUUGGCGACAGUUGCACAAGCUGCAUCAGCCAGUGGAAUCCUGAACACAGCGUGGAGACUUUUGAAGGCGUUGUGCUUGGAUACCCGGACCGACAGGGCUUUCACAGCCCAUGUGCUGGCACAUGCUGCUGCUGGUUGUGCACAGGCAGCUGGCCGAGACAGUGAGGAGGCUCUGCUUGCCGCGCGGUUCCAUUGCUCUAACUUCAUGCGUCUGGCGAAAGAGGCGCCAUCUCUUCAAGUUCACGAAGGAAAAGGGAACCUGCAGGCCUUUCCACUAGAAGUCGUACUUUGUGCUGUCCGUUCAGAACUUGGUGCCUUCAGCACGAGCAUGCCCAACCCGCUUCUGGAGAAGGUCGUGGCAAUUAGCUUGGAGAAGUGGACUGCUGGCAGCUCACUUCAACAGUUUCAGGAAGUAAAGUGGCCCGAAACUGGGCAGUGUCACGCUUACGACAGGCUGUUUGCAAAGGUUGCACUUCCACUCUUGGCCAGCAAGAAAAUUUCCGACCACGGAGUUCGCGGACAAGGGCGCCUUUUACCUGCAGUACUGGAUGCGGCCCAGGCUUCCGAAGCCAAAGAGUCUUCCAACGAAGGAGCUGAUGCGCUUGCGGUGCUCUGUGCCCACGGAGCUCCCGGAGCUCGCAGGCGACUCCUCGCCUGGACUCUCAGCGAGUCCGUCAGCUUGUAUAGCUUGGCGUUGCGUGUUCAUCUCUUUUUGACCACGCGGCUUGGAGCGGCGCGUGCACUGGCGUGGGCACAGUUCUUGAUGAGGGGCUCGGAUCUUGUUGGUGGAUCUCGAAAGUGUGCCCUGCGUGCCCAAAGUCAGGUGUGCUCUUGCAUUGCAGUGAUGUCAACAUCUUGUCACCCCAACUUGUUGAGCCCUUGGGUGCAAAAUUUGUUUUUUUCGGAAUUGUGCCGAGCAGAUGAGCUGCUUCUCGUGAGGAGGAUUGUUGCAUCGCACCCCUCUGUCGCGGACGAGCUGGCGGAAAAGCUGACGACGGAUGUUCAGGCCGCGCCAAGCCCUGCAAAACUCCGUUGCUUAUGCAGCAUCGUCAGGCUGAUGCCAAAGGAGAAACUCAAGGUCAUGUGUGAGAUGCUCCGAUCUAUCCUGCGAUCGGACAGCUUUGAUGCAGCUACCCGAGCAGAGGCUUGGGCUGCACAUGCCAGGUGCUGCGAGCGGCUAGGUGAUGUCUCCAAUUUCCGUGUUGGCAUGCGGUAUGCCAUCAAACACUUCGACAAGUCGGAUGUCACGGGCACCCGAGUCGCGUUAGUGCUAUCCAGAGUCGGAGGUGCUCUCUUCGAAGGGAGUGCCGGUGCCAUCGAGGGUCUUUGCUGUGCGACCUGGCCUCUGAGGGCAGCUGGGCUUGCUGCGGCAGCGAGCGCUAUGACACAGGAUGCCCCAGCAGCUGUCCGUCAAGUGUCGCGUACAGCUGUAUCGGCCUUCGAUGAGGAUUUCAUUGCCCAGUCUGAUCGGUUGGAACUGCCUUCCAAGAGACGAAGGCUGCUGCAGUGCCUGGUUAAUUUGCCCGACAAGUUCGUCAAGGCAGAAGGGGAGGAGGAUAUUUCAGACUUGUGUGAAUUGUCUGUGUCCAAGAUCAAGUCUUGGCUCGGUGAUAGUCGAUCCUGA